AUGGCAGAAAUCAGGGCGAAUUGUUUCUGGGUAGUGUUGGUUUUUGCUUUUGCCUGUUCCCUUGCUGAUGCUAGAUUGAAUUUUGGGAUGCUACCUAAAGGUCCUCUUCCCCCCUCCGGGCCUGACCCACAUAUUCAUUCUCCACCACCCCCAAAACUACCAUUUAGUCGUGUGAAUUUUGGGGAGUAUCCCAAGGGAGAAGUUCCUCCAUCCGGACAGGCUCCACCUAUUCAUGACCCCCCACACUUUGGAAUAUUGCCAAAAGGAAUUGUCCCUCCAUUCAGACAAACUCCUCCUACUCAUGACCCAACAUCAGUUUUGAAGCAUUGGAAUUUUGGGGUGUUGCCUAAAGGAGAAGUUCCUCCAUCCGGACAGAAUCCACCUAUUCAUGACCCUCCACACUUUGGGAUGUUGCCAAAAGGAAUUGUCCCUCCAUCGGGACAAACUCCUCCUAUUCAUGACCCAACAUCAUUGCUGAAGCAUUGGAACUUUGGGAUGCUGCCUAAGGGAGAAGUUCCUCCGUCCGGACAGACUCCACCUAUUCAUAACCCACCUGUCGUUAGAUCUAAUAACUGA